ACACAGAUUGUUAUGUAUCUAAAGACGUGUUAUCAUUACAGUUUCGUAACAAGAUGGCCAACCCAAAUGUCACCAAGUGGAUUCCACCCUUACCCCCGGGAUGGGAAGGUCGCUGGGACGCCAAUCAACGGGCGUAUUUCUUCAUCGACCAUGCAACCAAAAAGACAACAUGGCAGGAUCCUCGCUUCAACCAAAAGGUGACCAAUCAACCAGCCUUCCCUCCCCAAAAGAACCUGUAUGAAAACAGGGCGUUGUCGGGAAUCUCGCCUGAGCCCACCUUUGUUGUCGAUGACAACAUGGCUGAAAACAUCCACCAGGACUAUCCUCGAGUUCCUUUGGACACUAUCAAAGACAUUGUCAGCGCGUGUAACUUCGAUGAGCAGGAGUCAAGGGUGAUGCUCACAAGAAUGGGAUACCAAAAAGGGGCCACUGAGUCACCUCAUAGAACCAAUGAUUCACUACCUAAGCCCAAAUCAGCAGCUAAAGGGAAGGCCAAGGCAAAAUCACCAUCAAGGUCACCCGCAAGGUCACCUUCACCUGCUCCCACUCCGACUCCUUCACCCCCAGUAUCAGAGGCUGAGAAGAAGAGAAUUGUGUCCCAACUGAAGUCAGAGUUUCCCGAUUUGAACAGUGUGGUAGUGACUAUGGCACUGGAUGUUUGUGAAUACAAGGAGUCGCAGGCCAGAAUGGUACUGAAGGGCUGGGGUGAAACUAAAGACGCAGAAAACAAGGCACAAACACGUCCUAUGUCAAGUAGAGCUUCAACGCCAUCUGCAUCUACAUCUCUGGAACCUGUUGUCUUUGACUAUGAUGAACGACCUUCACCUGUGAGAAAUACUGCCAGAAAGUCAACUAAUCCCACAAGUACAAAAUCUGUCGUGACAAGCCAUCAGGGUCAGAAAAGGAACAAGAAACCAACACAUGUUACUCAAAUGAGUGAGAGACUAUUAACAAGGGCCAACAUUCUCACAAAUCUAGUGACCGUCUGCUGUCAGAAUAUGCCCAGAGCUAGCUCUCCCAGACACACACGGCCAAGACAACAGGUUAUCACCCACCAACCAAGGACGGACUCCACAUAUAGGACCCAGACUAAUGGUCCUAACUCAGACUUGAGGAUGGGACCAGAUAAGUCACUUCUUCUUUCGGAAUAUACAUUAGUCCAUGGCCCAAACCUCACCAAUCGACAAGGACCGGAUCGAUCCAGAGUCGUCGGGGCCCAAGGGGCCACUGGUCCAGACCCAGCGAAUCGCUGUGGGCCAGAAUCGCUUGGUAUCAAUGACCUGCAGACCAGUCGACAGCAAUAUCUGGUCACAAGUAUAUAAGAUAACCAGAGAGUGAAGCUGCUUAAACAGGUCAAAUGAACUCCCUGGCUUUGUAAAACAGAGUGAAUAUUCCUGGCAUUUAUCUGAUAGAAAUGAAAAUCAAAUUCAAAGAUAAAGUGGAAAACACUAAACCUUGUAUUAAUGUUUUGUGAGCUGAAGUUCAAAAGUCUCAUGGAAUUUGAAUUUGAGAUAAAUUUGAUAUUCUGUUUUUAAAAAAUAUAAAAUCAGUGUAAAACUAAGUACCUAGGUGAAAUAAAACAUAUUUCUAAAACAUCCAUAUAAGAUGGAAAUAGAGCUGAAUGUUGGCUAUGGAGGAAAUGGAUUCAGAGCCUUGUAUUAAUUUCGUUCAUCCAGUUGAUGUUGUUAAUAAUUUCAAAGUGACUUAAAUCAUCAAGCAGUUGCUGCCUUGUCAUUUACUCUGUAAAAAAUAUUUAUAAAUGUACAUAUGUGUAUUCUCUGUGGAAAUGUUGUGUUACUCAAAUAUGGAUAAAGUCAGUUUAUAGACAUUCAUCUAUAGAGGCCUAAAAAAAGACUUAGAUAUAUUUGCAAUGCUCUUAAAUAAAAAAAACACUUGUUUAUAAUCUUCUUUUGGAUUACACAAAAUUUAAUUAUGAUAGUGUAAGCAUAUUUGUUUUCUAAGUUUUUCUGUGAUACACACUGUAGUAUUAAUUUGGAAUGUUUCACAAGAUAUUUGGUGUUCUAUUGCCUUUUGGGAUUUUGGAGAAAACAAAACUUUUUUUUCAUUUUUCAAAAUCGAAGGACAUUGAUAUAAUUAAAAAUAAAAAAUUCUAUUUUGUUUCCAAGGAUUUGAAAAUGGCCUUAAACGGUCAAUUUUAAAAUACAUAGUGCAAUAAAUCUUCAAUUUCUGACUUGAUACAGAAUCUUAAUGUUAUAAAAUGUAAAUUUUAACAGAUACUAUAAUCAACCAAUAGUAUAACUUCAUUACAUGAAGUCCAUCUAUUCCUGUUGUGCGUGCUGUGUCAGUAUGUUUGUGUGAACCUCGUCUUCUAUAAAUAGAAGUACUUUGUCACAACUCAUUGAAUAUUAGCUGUAGAUUGCUUAACUUUGCCGUUGUUCUUAUGCCUUAAAGUGUAUUCUCUGGAAAAUGAUCCAUUUUUGAUAAAUUGUUAUUAUCCAUACUUACUACUACAUGUAAUACAUGUAUAUGUAUUGUUUAGAAAAAGAUUUGUAUUAUUUGUUGAAUAUACUACUUAUAAAUAUCCCUCAGAAGUGUCUGAUACUUAAAUAUCUACUGUAAUUGUCUUAUUUGGCUUUUCCUGUUUGAUUUUGUAGAAUUUCAUUUUUUUUUUUUAUAUCUUUAGCUGUUAUUUGGAUGCUGAAUUUUGAACUACUGAAGACUGGAGCAUGGUUCCACUAUGAAUGUUAUGUCAUAUGUCCUUACUCGGUACAUAGCUGGUUAAUUAAAGGGUAACUCAUUCAAUGCAUAAUUUGACAUCAUUCAUAUUUUCAUAUCAGUUUAACUUAUGACAAAGUAGAGUAUUUAUUUAUGUUCAAGAAAUUAAAAAGUAACCUUAUGUUAGAUAAAUGGAAAAAAUAAACCAGAAAUUAAUGCUAUAUGUGUAAUAAUGGAACUCGGAUUAGAAUACUUGUAGAUUUAAUGAAAUGUCUACUAGUUAUUUACUAAAACCUGUUCUGGACUGUAAUCUUACUGUAUGUGACCUUGAAAAGUUGUUACCUCAUAUGUAAUACUUAGUAUUUUUUCUCUUGUUUAAGUUGUCUUUCAUACAUUUUAUUACAUUAAAAUUUUUAAUUUCUGA